AUGACUGGUUUUGAGGGCAGGGAGAUCUGGUUGGUAGAAUACACAGGGCCGGAAGCAAGGUGGAGGGUCCUCGGAAGGACGGAGUUAUUGCCUCUGCCCACUCCCUUCCGAAAAAGGUUGAUCCAGAAGUCCUCGCCUAUGAGGACUACGAACGAGGGCAGGACAGCGAGAAGAGUCAGGCAUCGCGAGGAAUGCAUUGACGAGAGAGGAUCGAGGCGAAGAGAGGAGCGCAUCAGCGAGAUAGGAUCAAGACAACGGGGGAACCGACGAGAGGGCCGAGCAGAAGAGAAGACCGAAGUGAUGGGAGAAGAGCAAAUGCAUGUUGUCAAUACGCUCGCGCUGCUCGUGAUCCCCGUCCCUCGAGCACGGGCUUGCGAGGGAAGACCGGAUGAAGGCACGUCCCUUAUCAAGCUUCAGCCGCGGGAGGAACAGGAGACAACGGACGCGUGGGUGUGGAGGCGUGGGUGCAAGAUGUCGUUGGGUGAUGAUGAGGUCGAGCAUCCUGAGGGGGAGGACACGAGCGCACCGACCGGGUGUCGGGAGCAUGAUAUGGGAUUUUGGCGUUUCUGGAGAAGGAAAGACGAUGCGGGAGUGGAUGCCAUGGCAAACGACACAGGCCGUGACACAUUGAAAAAGCGAUUGCUAUGUAGGAAGUCCGCCUCCCAUUCAAGCACCAAGUCUGCAUACGAGAUGAUCUUGAUGGCCAUCGCACUUCGAGCGAAGAGGGCGAAGAAGCCCGCGUCAGAGUCGUCAAACGUCCUGGAUCGAGGGUAUCUGUCGGACAGAGGCCAAUGUUCGCUCGCAUUGCACCCGAGGAAGACAUUACGUAUUCUGAUGUAUGCGCGGGGUAUCGCAGGGCGUAUAUGCGCCGGGACAAUCCACGAACGCAGUGGGCUUGUGGCUCGAUAUUUCACGCAGAGAUGGGGACAGCCAAGCGAUAAUCAAUUCCAGGCAUUCGCUGACGCCAGUCUGAAUGAGGAGGUCGACGAGAUCAUACACGGAACUGGUAGCGGACAGCAGGCGCAAGGCCGAGACCGUCCGGGCAUCAACGGCGGUCUUGACAAUGUCGACGUGACGGAGGAGAAGCUACUUGAGGUGGGGCAGGGCGCACACGAGGCGCCAAAACGUCAGGAUCGAGGGGAACGUAACAUCAUGCAGGUGGAGGGAACUGAUCGAGAAGCAUUCCAGGUUGAGCAAGAGGGUGUGAGGAUCAAGAUCCUGUGCCCGCCAUUCCGCUCUUUCGAUCGUCAAUAUCUCCACGCGGGUCCAUUUCCGUGCGAGCCUCGACGCGAAUGUCGCCAGCGUAGCGCUAGGUUGAUGCUCGUUACAUCUUCCUGCGUCCUGAACGCCAUUUCGUCUGGAACAUACCGCCAUGCUCUCUCUUGUAUCGAUCCUUCAGUAGCCCUCGCGCACGCUUCCAACGCAUCGUACUCGCGUUCUGCACCGAGCUCAUCGAUGAUCAUCAGCCAAACCUCCAUCGGGACAAGCCAAGACAUGGCUGUCGCAACUGGAUCUGUGGUAAUACUGUUAAAUGAUGGCAUCGCCACGCACCUGGUUGUAUUGUUCAUGACAGCCUUGGAGUCGCGUGGAGAUCUGAAGGGGCUUUCUGGUACACAGUCCUGCCCUUCUUGUAAGUAG